AUGGAAGCCAUUGGACAAGGGGGUGCUAUACCCAGGCUGCAACUCUCGUCUCAAGUGUGCGAUCGUUGCCGCAUAAAGAAGAUCCGUUGUGACGGAUUACUCCCAUCGUGUAGCAACUGUAGAACCGCUGGAGCUUCCUGUGUCACAUCUAAGCAACUCAAAAGACGAACGCGGCCCAGAAGGCACCUUGAGCAACAAGAAAGGUUGCUCGAUGAGCUCAGGAUCCAAAAUCAGAAUCUGCAGCGCGAAAUUCGGCAACUACGUGCUAGCCAUUCCACAACUGUUGACAAAUCAGUAUGGAACGACACUGCACCUGGAUUCCAAGCCCACGGUUAUACAGAACUGCAAGUUGCAGUACUCAUGAAGAAGCAGUUUCUUUCCGCCUUCCACCGGAUCUUCGAUCGUGUUGAGGCCCACGACCCUAAUCUCUCACCGUCUGACUAUAUUAUUCUGAGGCAAAUAUUUCUUGUCCUCUCAAUUACCGCAUGGAAAAGUCGAUCGCCCACAGAGUGCAACACUUACUACCUUAAUACCCUGGAAUGUGCUCGGUUAACGACUGCACCUGAAAACGAGGACCUUCCAGGGCUGCAGUCCCAUCUUUUAACUUGUCUAUAUCUUCAACUUACCCGGAAGCACGAUGAGUGGACACAAACAUGCGGACAGGUUGUUCGACUUGCGCAAUCUCUAGGACUCCAUCGACAUUCCCGACGCUUCCAAUUUUGUUCUGGGGAGAUGGAGUUAAGAAAACGCAUAUGGUGGUGCGUUUACGCUGUAGACGUUGCCUGCAGCAUAGUACACGGUCUGCCGAAAAUGAUCCAAGACGAUGAUGUGGAUACCGACCUACCUGUUGACACGGAUCUGGACGAUGUGGCUGCGACUGACAUACCGCUCCCCCUUCCGGGAGAGACAACAAGCAUGGCUACAUUCAUCCUCUACGUGAAAUUGCUCAGAAUAUUCUCCAGCUGCCUCAAGUCGCUAUAUACUACUACCAAACGACGAAACGGUGUCGCCAAAAUCACAGCACUGGAUCACGAGCUAUCAGUGUGGCGCCACAGCGUAGUCCAGUUCCAAGGCAAUGAGAUGAAAGACCAUGACGAUGGUCUACCGGACACUCUUCAUAUGAACUCAGCAGAUCAGUCGUUCGAGACACUGUUUCUACACUUCUUAGGAAACGUGGCUGUUGUCUUGAUUCACCAGCCAGCAUUGACAUUCGACCCGAAGCACCCUCAAUUCACGAAGAGCCUGUCGAGGUGCGUUCGUGCAGCACUCAAUAUACUCAGUAUGUUGGGAAGCAGUCAUGAUAACCAAAGACUUCACUGUCUGUUCCCGAACAAGUCAUCCAUAGUCUUCCAGUCGGCGCUGCUGUGCUUCUAUCAUCAAUGGAUGUGCAUGGCGUCUUCAUUAACGCCAAGCCACAAUCUUGAUCCCUUGAUGGGCAAAAUAGUAGAUACUGCCCUCAAGCUUCUCGAUAUGCACAAGACGGAACUAGUUACUCCGAAUACCGGUUCAAACACGACUAUUGACGUUCAGACGGUCUCAGCUGCUCAAGACCUUGUUCGGUUGUUUUCGAGUCGCAUAGAGCAUGCAGGAGAUGCGCCCGUGUCGGCUGUACCGGCUUCUUCGAUGGCUCAAACCUCUCCCUCAUCAUUCAUCUUCACACCUCCAGCUGGCCUGGGUAGUCAUGAACCACUGAACUUUGAACGAGAGUCACAAAUGGCAACAAUUCCUCUUGACUUUGGAAUACUGGAAGACGGCAUUCUCGACAACGAAUGGCUUUAA